GGUUAGAGUUAACCUCGCUAGACUCAGCACUACAUAUAUAAUGUACUACUUAUAUUUCAAUAUACCAUAAUGACUUGUUGUUUACUUACUGUUUUAUAUAUAUUAGUGUUUAAUUAUGGAUCUACAGCUUUGAAUAUGUAUUUUAUGGAUGAAUUAUGUGGGAAAACAUUAGAUUUAGCUGCUAUAGGACUCGAGUCAGCAAUGGUGAAAUUAACCAAAAACAAGGAAUAUAGCAGUACAAUGAAUUGUGUGACAGUUGUAAAAACUAAAGACAAUAGACAAUUAAUGGUGAAAUAUGUAAAACUGGAUAUACAAAGCUAUGAAGAUUGUCCAGGAGACUAUAUAGCUAUGUAUAAUGGUAUUUAUCAACUGGAAAGUAAAACCGUUCAAGAUCCAGUAACAAAGUUUUGUGGUGAUGAUGCACCAAGAGGUAGUUAUACCUCCAACGAUAAUUAUUUCACCUUUAGAUUUGUCAGCGAUCAUGAAUUCUUCGGCCAAGGUUUUGAAAUCCUUUUAACAUCCUUCCACAAUGGUGCUUGCAGUGCUAACGAAUUUGGUUGUAACAAUGGACGAUGUAUUCAUAAUGAUUUACAUUGUAAUGAUUUCGAUAAUUGUGGAGAUGGAUCGGACUAUUGUUUAUUAUCAACGGGUGGUGUAAUCGGAGAUAUGUCUACUUAUCGAAGUUAG